AUGGCCAUGACUAAGAGGCUCAAGCUACAGUACGGGGCAAUGUUCUUCUCCGUUUUGGGAUGUGUACUAACCUGCGUCAGUACUUUUGUACCUCUUUGGAAGAACCUCAACUUAGAUCUCAAUGAACUGGAGAUCUGGACAUCGGGACUAUGGCAGACUUGUGUGGUUCAAGAGGAGGGUCCUGUACAGUGUAAGGAUUAUGACUCCUUCUUGGCACUGCCUUUACCACUCAGGAUAUCAAGAAUUUUGAUGUUCCUUUCCAAUGGUUUGGGGGUCAUUGGACUCCUAAUUUCUUGCUUUGGACUUGAAUGCCUCAGGAUCGGAGAAGAUGAGACUAAAAAAAAGUUGAGUAUCUUCGGAGGGAUAUUAUUUUUGGUCUCUGGGGUCAUUGCAGUGAUCCCAGUAUCUUGGAUAGCAUAUGAAACUGUCCAGGAAUUCUGGGAUGAGACUAUCCCUGAGAUUGUGCCAAGGUGGGAAUUCGGUGAAGCUUUGUUUAUGGGCUGGUUUGGCGCUUUCUUUCUAAUGCUCGGUGGCUCAUUACUAAUUUGUUCAAGUGUCUCUUCAAAUAAAAAGUCACUUAAUGAAAAAUAUCUACCAGCAAAUGGAGCAAGCUCUCAAUCUUAUCUUCCGGCACGUCCACAAAACAGGUGUCCUGAUUUAACCAUUUGA